ACGGGUUCCCAGGCUGACGUCAGACUGAGUCGGUCCGGGGCUGGGCUGGGAAAACAUGGAAUAACGGAGAAAGGCUCGCUGCACCUUCCCGAGACAUCCCUCACUGAGAACCAGUUCACCUGAGGAGACCAACUCCCUUCUGUCACAUUGGGACUGUGUUGGGUGGUGGGGAAGGCCUAGUCCCCCACCUUGAUCAGGCCAGACACCCCACACAUCCCCCCAACCAUGGACAAACACGGAGCCACGAGUGCACCGGCCAAGACCAGCGGGCUGAAACCUCCCAGCAAAAUAGUCCGUCCUUCAGGGGCGCCCACAAGGACGUCCCCGUCAUCUGGUACUCCAAAGCCAGUUCCUCCCGAGAAGUCCUCCGGGGGUGUGACCUCCCCCACCCAGGAUGGAAACACAGACUUCCAGAUUGGUGAGAAGGUCUGGGUCAACGGCAACAAGCCCGGCUAUGUGCAGUUUGUUGGAGGGACACAGUUUGCUCCCGGGCAGUGGGCCGGCAUCGUGCUGGACGAGCCCAUCGGGAAGAACGAUGGGUCAGUAGCAGGAGUUCGCUACUUCCAGUGUGAGGACGGCCGGGGGAUAUUCACACGGCCAUCAAAGUUGUCAAGGACUGCACUGCCAGAGAAGGAGGCAAACGGAGGUCAGGCCAGCCCAGCACCAGCAGCCCCAGCAACCAGCGAGUCUGCACCUGCUGGCACUACCUCCACUGCUCAUGGCACCGGCAUAAAGAUGAGCAGUGCGCUUAACCGAAUGGCGGCAUCCAGUGAGUCGGUGUCGAACCUGUCAGACCCAGAUUCCAUGAAGAAGAUCAGAAGGGAGCUGAGGCUGGGAGACCGAGUGUUGGUUGGUGGUACCAAGGCCGGAGUUGUGCGGUUUCUUGGAGAGACGGACUUUGCCAAAGGAGAGUGGUGUGGAGUGGAACUAGAUGAACCUCUUGGGAAGAAUGAUGGAGCUGUAGCUGGAACCAGAUACUUCCAGUGCAUGCCUAGGUAUGGUCUGUUUGCUCCGGUCCACAAAGUGACGCGGAUCGGCUUCCCCUGCACCACCCCGACCAAGGCGAAGAGCUCACGGAGAAGGUCUACUCUCAAGAGGAGCCCCAGCGCCUCCUCCAUCAGCUCCCUCAGCUCUGCCACAUCCUCCAUCAGUGGCAAACCCAGCCGAGCAGGACUGCUGACAGAGACAUCUGCUCGGUACGCCCGUAAGAUAUCGGGCACCACGGCGCUGCAGGAGGCUCUGAAGGAGAAGCAGCAACACAUUGAGCAGCUGCUGGCAGAGAGAGACCUGGAGAGGUGUGAAGUCGCGAAAGCAACCAGCCAUGCGGGAGAGGUACAACAGGAGCUGGUCCUGCUAAGAAAAGGACGAGACCAGUAUGCACUGGAGAUGGAGGCCAAGUUGGAUCAGCUACGCUCGCUGGUGGAAGCAGCAGAUCGAGACAAAGUGGAGCUGCUCAAUCAGCUGGAGGAGGAGAAGAGAAAAGUGGAGGAUUUGCAGUUUCGUGUCGAGGAGGCAUGCAUCACCAAAGGAGACCUGGAGACGCAGACCAGGCUGGAGCAUGCCCACAUAAAGGAGCUUGAGCAGAGCCUGCUCUUUGAAAAGACCAAAGCUGAAAAACUCCAGAGGGAUUUAGAGGACACUAGGGUGGCUACAGUGUCGGAGCGUUCCAGGAUCAUGGAACUGGAGAGAGAGGUGGCAGAUCUCCAGCUGAGGCUCCGGGCAUCCCAGCAGAAAGAGGACGCUGUGUCUCUGUCGCAGCAGCAGAUCAGCAGCCUCAAGGCUCAGGUUCAGUCUCAGGAGAAAAAGAUCAGUGAGCUGAGUGUUGAUGUGGAGAGUAAACAGAAAGAGCUUCAGUCUGUACAACAAGAUAAGACCUCUGUGGAACAGCAGCUGACCAGCCUGAGACAACAGCUCGAGACAACUGAAGAGGACAGCAGAAGGACGGCAAAAACCAUGCAAGAGUUGGAGCAAAGCGUGGAGCGUUCAAAGAAAGAUUACCAAACCCUGACAGACGAGAGUCAGAGCAGAGAGAAAGAUCUGAGAGCACAGCUGGCACAGUCUUCUGAGAAGUCGGAGAGGACGGCGCUAUUGUUGGGCCAGCUCACCAGUGAGAAGAAGACACUGGAGAUGCAGCUUGAGGCGCUGAAACAGCAGAACUCCAAAUACCAGGAGGAGCUCAGUCUCUCCAAUGAGCGAAGUAGCUCAGAAAACCAGCGCAUCGGCGUCCUAUGCAAGGAAAUUGAGGAGCUGAAGCUGGCCUCCCAGAAGUCACAACAUCUUGAUGAGCAUAAUGACGACCGAGACAGUCAGCAGGCAGACAUGAAGAGCAGAGAAACCGUCUCUAAUCAGGAAACAGAGGGAGAUGUCAACUUCCAGAAAUCUACUGGAGCCUUAAUCUCCGACAAAGACCGGGAGCUGGAAACACUGAGGAAUGAGAUCGCAGUGCUGCGAGGAGAAAAUGCCAUGGCCAAGACCCUGCAGUCGGCCGUAGAGACACUGGAGAGAGACAAAGCCCAGCUGCAAAGCCGAGUUCACAGUUUAGAGCAAAGUCUCAUGGGAACACAGGCCUCAGAGGGAGAAGACAGAGAAGCUCCACCCUCAGGCGAAGCAGCUCUGGAGCAGCUGAGGGAAGAGAAGGAGUUUGCUGAGGGACAGAUCAACUUCUUGAACAGUGUAAUUGUGGACCUGCAGCGGAAGAACGAGGAGCUGAAAGUCAAACUGAAGAAGCUCGCUCUAGCUGAGUUCAAUGGCAACACUGAUGGUUUUGAUGAAGGUGUGUCGAAGCGUGAAAAGAAGGCGACCCCUCGUCUGUUCUGUGACAUCUGCGACUGCUUCGACCUCCAUGACACUGAGGACUGUCCUACUCAGGCUCAGAGCCCUGACUCCGUACCUCACACCACCUACCACGGCAACCCGGCCGAUGAGAGGCCCUACUGCGACAUCUGCGAGGCCUUCGGACAUGCCACCGAGUCCUGCAACGAUGAUCAGACCUUCUAGAGGUGCUGAGCAUCUCAGCCCCUUCCUCUCCUCUUACCUCUUUCCUCCUCCCUUCAAACUCCUUCUCCUCUCCCACUACAUUUCCCACAACCCAAUAUGCCCAACUAAAGCCCCUGCAGAUUUUCCAUAAUGUAUUUUUAUACUGUAUUUAUGCAUAACACUAGUAGCUACAGUCUUGAUCUAAAUCCUCUCCUUGGAAGAUGUACUGUUCUGACUCUAAUGCAGAAUGCUCGUCCAAAUAUGCUGCUUUGGUGCAAUAUUGAUGUUUAUAACAAAAGGAAUCCGUCCUCUGCACUCAUCAUUUCUAAUGUGUUUUUUGCGUUUCUGUUUCUUUCUUAAAUAGCUAGCGGUGACAUUUCACAUCUGUUGUUUUUUAUGCUUUAUUUGUUGAUUGGCAACACAGUGAUGCAACCGAGCAAAGCACAGUUCAAGCUGAAGGGAAAAUGAAGCACCUCUAUCAGCCUCAACACUCCUUUAUUCUGCAUCACUUUCCUCAGUCUGGAAGGCUUUAAACCAAUCACAGAGUGAUACUGCCAAAUUACACUGAUGUUUUAUGUUUAGUAAUAUUUUUAAAAGCCUCUCUUCCAGUGCAUCUACUGACAAAGGAGUAUUUGGGCAUUUACGAGGAAAACAAAUAGAAACCUUCAGAGUAAAGUCAGAAUUUUAUAAGACAAGGGCACAAUAUUGAAGAGAAAUGUUGCCAUAAGACUUAAGAUUUUUAAACAAAAAUAAAAAAGUUGUAACAUUUUGAGCAGAAAAUGACGUUAAAUAUUUAGCUAAAAAAGUCUUAAUGUUUUAGGGAAAAAGUUGCUGUAUUUUGAGAAUAAAAAGUCUUAAUACUUUGAGAAAACAAGUUGCAACAUAUUGACUAAAAUGUUAUGGAAACAAACUUAUUUGAAACAAAAAGCUAAAAUUCAUGGCAUUUUGAGGAAAGAAGUUGUAAUAUUUUGAGGUGAAAGUUGUCACAGGCUGAGCUAAAAAGUAGUAACCUUUAGAGAAAUGGUCACUCAAUUUUUAGCAAAAGAAGUCGUAAUAUUUUGAGGACAAAGACAAUACAAACAAAAGAUUCCUCAUACAGCGUCUAACUGGUUUCAUUUCAGAACGUUAAAAGCUCUGAUAUUUAGGGACUUAUUGGUGAAACUUCUCUUUUUAUGUCCAAAGCUGAUAAUAACAUCUGACCUGUGUAUUACAAGGUCACAUACUAAAAUCUUGUUAUAUGAUUUAUACUUCAAAUAUGUUUUCAUUUUCAUAAAAUUGUUACUAUUUUAAAACAAGAAAAGUACUCAGAGAGCGCAGUACUCCACCAAAGCUUCUCAGUCGUUAUUUAAUUUCCGCCAGUUAAAAUAUUUUAAAAAAUUGUGGCAGAAAUCACGGCACUAUAGAAAGUGGUCAUUUAAUAUAGAUGUACCCACAAACAAAAUGACCUUGCACUGAACACAGGCAUGUGUUAUGCAUGUGUACCUCAUGUACGGAUAUCGAAUCACAUGAAGCGGGUGGUGGGAAUUGUUCCUCAUGUCAUUUCUGAUGGAUAAGUCCCAAUAAGUCUGCAGCGGUCGAUUUGUGGUAGGAUUGCAGUCAUGUGAUUGUCAGCAGUCAGCUGACGUAGUGUUCUCUUGUUGUCAUAGUUACAGUGACGCUGUGCCACUAUCUCGCAAUAACGUACAAGUAUUUACUAAAUCCGUGGAUCCGAAUUAUAAGCCACAUCACUGCCAAAAUCUAAUCAAUUGGUGCUUGUUUCAUUUUUGACCUUCCCUGAAAAUUUCAUCCAAAUCCGUUGUUCCGUUUUUUAAUAAUGUUGCAGACAGACAGACAAACGUACGCCGAUCGUCACAUUACUCUGCCGUGUUCCUUGUUGGGGUAAUUAUGCAUCAUGCAUUUCUUAAAUAUUACAACUUCAUUCUCACAAUAAUACUGCUCUGUCAGAGAAAUAUCAAUACUUUAUUGUUUAACAUUGAGUUGUGAACUUUUUUAAAAUCAAAAUAGUAAAAUUUUAUUCUGACAGCUUUACUCUCUUCGUAUUAUAUUAUAAUAUUACAACUUUUUCCCUUUUAAUGUUUUCAUGAUAUACGUCACUCGUUUACUCUCAAAACUAGUUAUAUCAUUGAUUAUUGUUUGGACUUAUUUCUUGUAGUAUUUCAUAUUUUUCUAAUAAAUGUUACAAAUUUCAUCUUAAAAUAAUACAACUUUUUAGUGGCCUUAAUAUUCUAUUGUAAUUUAAAUGUUAACUAGUGGGAAAUAUUGUAAAAAAAAUGAGAAAAGUUCAAUCUUAACUUUGGAAAUUGACAAAAAUAUACACCAACAGUCAAAAGUUUGGACACACCUCCUCAUUCAGUGAUUUUUAUUUAAAUGUUUUCUACAUUGUAGAUUAAUACUGAAGACAUCAGAACUAUAAAAGAAUACAUGUGGAACUAUGUUGUAAACAAAAAGUGUGAAUAUUCAGCAUUAAUCUACAAUGAAUGAAGGUGAGGUGCAAAUGAAGGCUGAAUAAAAAUCUUAAAAGUGGGCCUUGAGUAGAAGAGCCACUGUGUAGAUUCUUCACAUAAAGAUGGAUUUUCUUAAUUAUUUGUCUAAAGUGGUUCUCUGCUUGACAAAACAACUUUACUGGCAGGUCCAUUUAGUAACGCUCUGGAGCUUUUGAUCAAAAUCAUACGUUUUUCUUCAGCAGCUGAGGACUGCUCACUUGUACUGGAUUAAAAAUAGCAAAUAAAUCUUUGGCCACUGAUUGAUGACAGCUUAGUCAAAAUCUCCAGAACGUCCACUAAAUAGGCUUUAGCUGCUAUUUCCAAAGUCAGGAUGAACAUUUAUCUCCCUCCCGUGGGUUGAUAUCCUUACAGGAUGCCACUGAAAGUCACUGAGGUUUUGUUGAAUUUGCUAAAAAGUUUUGUUAUUUAUUGUCUGAUCUUCUACUUGCCAGUGAUUUUUCUACAGAGAAAUAAGCUUGCACUGAUAAAAGGUAUGUAGUCUGUACAGAUGACACAACACAGAUUUAACUAUAGAAGCCUCGAUUAACUUAGUUUUGCACUGUUCACUUUAACGAUUCAGAACUCAGAAAUAUACUUUAUGCUUCUAAAGUUAUUUAAAAGUUAUUUUAUGAAGAUGGACGGUGCAGGUUCUUCAGCUUUGACAUUUUGGUUAAUUUGCCUAUUUGCUUUUUGGCAGUUAGAUGAGAUGAUUAACACAAUCUGUCCUGCUGUUUAAAUGUGGAUUUUGGACUCUCUUACUGAAAUGUUAUUGUCUUGAGAAAACCUGGAAUAACUACAGACUCUGGAGGGGUAGAAGGAGCAGAUUUCUUUGCAGAUUUUAGUCAAAGUGUUUGCACAAGGGCUGAAAAAUGAACUGAUUUCAAAUCAAAAAUGGAAACUAAAGAAAACAAUUAAGGAAUAAAAUUAGCAUAUUGAAAGUUACAAUUUAUCUCUAAAAAUUAGCAGCACAGAUGCAUUUUCCAACUCAUUUAGGCCGAUACUGAUAAAUGCACAUACUUUAAACCCACUUGCUGAGAACAUUAAAUCCCUCCUGUAGUCCACUGAACAGAUUAUUCCAACUGUUAUUAUGUAGCAGAGGCUUUAAAUGCAAUACUCUUGGGCAAAAUAAGAACAAAGAAAAUAAGAAAAAUAAUAUAGCGAUAAUAAUAUAACAAAAUUAAUAUAACCAACAUUAAAUUACAUGCCACAUUUAUUUUUUUAUUUGAACUGUAUGCUUUUAUUGUGUUCUUCUUUUAGGAUUUUCAUUAUCUGCCUGUCAGUGCUAACAUUUCAUUUUAAUUCUCUUAUCAAUAUCGAUAUCUUUGAUUUCAACUACAAAUGUACUCAAAUAGAAGCAACAAUAGAUUUGUAUUUGUUGAUUUACACUCCCGUUCAAACGUUUACAGUCACUUAGAAAUGUCCUUAUUUUGGAAAGAACAUCAUGUUUUUCAAUGAAGAUAACAUUUAAUGAAUCAUAAAUCCAGUCUAGACAUUGUUAAUGUGGUAAAUGACUAUUCUAGCUGGAAACGUCUGAUUUUUAAUGGAAUAUUACCAUAGGGGUAUAGGGGAACAUUUCCAGCAACCAUCACUCCUGUGUUCUAAUGCUACAUUGUGUUAGCUAAUGGUGUUGAAAGGCUAACUGAUGAUUAGAAAACCCUUGUGCAGUUUUGUUAGCACAUGAAUAAAAAUGUGAGUUUUCAUGGACAACAUGAAAUUGCCUGGGUGACCUUAAACCUUUGAAUGGUAGUGUGUAGAUUUUCAAGUCCUUCUGGGCUCUGCAAGCUCAAAAUACAUCAUGAGAGCACUUUUGAGUAAAGAAAAGCUUGUGGUAGCGCUAAAUGUCCGCUGAGAUGUAUUUUCAUGCAUUUUUAAAGUACAAAUGAGUGAAACUGUAAGUCUACAUGGUUAGUUUAGCUCAGCACAAAGACUGGAAACAGCCAGCCUGCUCUGCCCUGCACAUCGCCUUCCAUGAAACAGCAAAUUGUCCUUUUUAUACUGUGGAUUUUGCACCACAUAAAGAAAGAAGAUCAAGUUAUUGUCAGUAAUUUAUGCCAGAAAGCAAAUAAGUUUUUCCUAAAAUGCCGAGCUGCUCUUUAAAAGAACCCUGUUUAGUGACGUGUAUUUGACUUCUCUUGUUCUAAAGCACAAUUCUGGAUCAUAUUGAAUCUUGUGGUGUAACAGUGCAGAUAGCACAGGAAGGGACACUUUCUCUGUAAAUACUGAUCAGAAGCCUCCUUCUGACAGACGUGUACACAGUGCCAUGAACUAAAGAUAGCUUUUAUGUGUACUACAUGUUAUUUUUCUGCCCUGUUCAUAGCGUUGUAUGAGGAGGUUUCUGCUCCAGUGGGGAAAACAGCCCGUUUGUAUAGACUUUAAAACAUUGUGUACUUUAUAAGUGAUGAGUCUAAUUAUUGUUGUUUUAUAUGUAAUGAUUUCAGGCACCAUGUAUCAGUGGUUUCAGGACCGUUCUACAGAUGUGGAUGUGGUGUGAACUGUCACUGUUUUCUAUGUACUGUAUACUCCUGAGCAGUAAAAUUAGAAAGAAAAACA